CCUCGUCAAUUUUAUUGAUUAUGGAGAACAUGUGAACAAAACCGAACAUUUUGAACAAGAAUUGAACGUCGCUGAAAUUCAUGUUCGUUUACAGUAUGGCGACGCCCACGGAGGGGGAUCUGCGAGCACGCCUCAGCCGUUGCACCCGACGCCUCACGCCCAUCCUCACGCCCACCCCUACGCCCGUGGGCCCCCGGACUCCCCCUGGCCGGACACGCCGCGUCCCAACGAGGCUCUGAACAACGUGCUUUAUCACCACCCGCGUUUCGCACACCCAAGUCACCACCCGGUGCCCGCUCAUCACCUUCCAGUUGACACCAUCUUCUUUGAAAUGGCUCGCGGGGGCGUGGUGAUGAGGAGACAUCCUCAUUCCUCGGAUCAGUUUGUCCCUCGACCUCACCCUCAUCACCACGUGGCCUUCGAUCAUGAGGCUACUGGUGUCGCUUCGGGGAGUCAUCACCUUUUCCCGAAUAGCGUUCCGGGGAGCCCCUGUGUCUCGGGUGAUGAUGCGACGCCAAGUGAUCACAGACCGCGUUACGUGGCGGCGUACCAGAGGCAGUGUGAUGAGUUGGCUGGCUUGGCUGGUUACCACAGCCCGGGUCGUGAAGUCGUGGCUAAUCCCCAGAUACCUUCCGUAGCCAUGAUUGGGCAUUACCACGAUGGACUUGAUGUCACAUCCGAUCACCACGGGGCGGCAGAUAAUGCUUUGGGUAGUGGUUGGAAUUCGCGAGGUUUCGUAAUAGCCAAUCAGCACAAUUCACGUGAUGAAAUCCUACAAAGUCGGUGUAGUCCGCACGAUGAAGUUGCAGCCAUUCAACACCAUUCACCGUAUGAAGUCUCAGCCAAUCAACUCAGCCCAUCUGAUGACGGCUCGGCCAAUCAUUACAGUUCAGAAUUCGAAACCGUCAGUCAACACAAUCCACCUCGUGAAACAACCAAUCAACACCGCCCAUCUGAUGAAGCUCCAGCCAACCAUCACACUCCAGUUUUAAAUACUCCAGCCAAUCAGCAUAACCCGUCUGGUGAAUUCUCAGCCAAUCAGCACAAUCCGUCUGAGGAAGUCUCAAACAGUCAGUAUAGUUCAGUAUAUGAAACCGCCAAUCAGCACAAUGCACCUGAUAAAACAUCCAAUCAGAACAGUCUACCCGCUGACUCUCCAGCCAAUCAGCACAUUCCACCCCAUGAAAUACCAGCCAAUCAACACACUCCACCCGCUGACACCCCAGCCAAUCAGCGCAGUCCCACCCACGAAAUCCCAGCCAAUGACGUCGCUCCUCCCGACGAACCAACCAAUCAAAACGAAGCCAGCGAUGACGUCACGCUGCCACCCUCACGACGAGACACAAGGUCGCCGAAAACUGACCCUUUGAAGAGUGAAAUUGACCCCAAUCAAGGUCAAAGCGAGAAUUCCGGGGAAGACAGUGAGAAAAUUCAGGAGAAGCCUUUCGCGUUCAGCCAUUACCUGUAUAAUUAUCUCAGAUCCGUGAAGAACAUUCCCCCGUGUGAGAGCCAGCAGAGCGAGACCGACAGCUUAGCGUGGAGUUCGGACGCCUACACCCCGCCCGAAAGCAGAGCCGGUUGGCGUGGGCGGAGUUCGGCGGCGGGAGAGCGUGGAAGGAGGAGCGGAUUCUGCCUUCCGAUCUCGACUUCUUGGACAUGGCCGAUGCGCGCUUGUUCGGACUCCACGAAGCCAGCGGCGACCCGCAGUUGAUUCACGCCCACGCCGGCGGCACGGAGGCCCCUAGCGUCCCCGUGCCCCCCUACCCUGGCACGGACGAGCUUCCCCUCAACCUGGGCCUCCCCUUCCCCUCAGAGUAUGGGCAUCCGGGCACGAUUUUCCCCUCGGGCAUCGGAGCGCCGCACCCCCCACCGCCCGCCCCUGCCCUGUCGCCGGGCACGCAGGUCGUCCACGCCUUCAUGACGGGCACGUGUCCUCCUCCUCCCCCGCCGCCGCCCUCUCACGCCCACGCCCACCUCUCCCACGCCCAUCCGCACGCCCAGCCCCUCCCCCUCCCCCCCGACCUGAUCAUCCCCGUGCCCUUCGUGUCGCCCAACAUGGCUUCUGAAGCGGCGGUGCUCGGCUACGUGCCCGGCGCCCAGUACGCGUGCCCCAAGUGCUCGCUGGUGUUCGACGCCGCCCACGACCUCAGCAUCCACAACGCUACCCACGCCCUCGACGCCGCCCACGAUGCUCUCGGAGGCGCGGAGGCGGAGCUGGAGGCGCCCUCGAUGAUCACGAUCCACAUCCCGCCCUUCGCCAGCCCCGGCACGCCCGCGAGGCCCGGCACGCCCACGGCCGCCCACCGCGCGCUCAAGAGGAAGCGCCGUGACCCCGCCAAGGAGGGCCUGACCCCGCGUGGCCCGACCCGUGACCGCGACCGCCUCUACCAGUGCUGGGAGUGCGGCGGGGCCUUCACCACCUCGGGUCAUCUCAAGAGGCACAUGGAGGCCCACGGCGCGGACCGACGCCACAAGUGCGACCAGUGUUCAGCCUCGUACUCGCGGCAGGAUAACCUCCUCAAGCAUCUCGAAGUCCAUAGCAACGGGGGCGUCCUCAUCUCCAGGUAGUUGGCAGUUGCGUGGGCGUGGGCGUGGGCGCGCCUUGGUCAUUCAGGCUACUAGUUCACUCGUUUGCUCAUUGACACUAUUAGCUCACUCGCUUACAAACAUUCUUACUCAUAGCCACUCUCACUCACAGGCAUCUUAAUCAAAACACUCUUACUCGUAGACAGUUACUCAUAACCAUUCUUACUGGCAUCUUACUCAUAAGCACUUACUCAUUGACACUCUUACUAAAAAACACUCUUACUCUACAGUAUCUUACUCAUAGACACUUUUACUCACUCUUACUCACAGGCAUCUUACUCAUAAACGCUCUACUCAUAAACACACUUGCUCAUAAAACCUUGCAACUUCUUUUAACGACCAACACAACAUUUUUUUUCUCCCGACCUUAUGGCUUACACGGUUUUAAUCUUUCAUUUGGAAUCGAAUCAUUUUAUUGAAAUUUGGAUUCGAUUCGUCUUCAAAUUUU